CCGGGUGGGCCUCGCCUCGCCUGCCCGGGGGUUCCGCGGUGCUCCCCGCCUUGGCCCCGGGAUCUCCACCGGCCAGGGCUCAAUCUCAUCAAACCUUCCUCCUCCUCUCCUUCCUUCGUCCUGGCCAUGAGAGGCACCGGCAGCAGCAGCUGUGCUCCCCUAGCCCUCUGUUCCGCCACUCCGGCUGCUCCCCACUCGUCUCCCCGCAAGUGAAGAAGAUGAGACAGGAUCGUCACUGAGCAAAGACGCCGUUUCACCCGAGAUGGAGCCCCGUGCCUGCAGGAUGCCUCCACUCCUCUCCUGCGUCCACUCCCUGCAGCUCUGGCAUCUCCUCCUCCUGGUCUCGGCCGUCCCUCCUCCCGGCGUCUGGUCUCUUCGCUCUCGGGGUCCGGCAGCCACUCGGCCUCUUUGCGCACGUCGGAGCCCCUCGGCCCCACGGUCCAUUUGCAUCUGGGACAGGACCUCGCUGCCGGAGAGGGAUUCUCGCUCGGCCCUGCCACGCCAGCGUUCCCUGGCAGCCCGGGGGGCAGAGCUGCGGGGGACAGAGCUGCGGGGGGCAGAGCUGCGGCACGUCGUGCGGCUGAGGCGCCAGGCAGUGGGAGCCCGCCCCGCCACCCCCUCCGGGUUUGAGGACGGCAUGCCCUCCUCCCAGUACCCCUGGGCCAUCGUGUGGGGCCCCACAGUGUCGGAUGAGGAUGGAGGGGACACCAACUCAGCCAACCCAGGCUUCCCGCCGCUGGGAUACACCUUCGUCUCGCCGCAUGGGAUGGCAACGGCGCAGCCCAACUCCCACUCACUCCUGCACAACGCGGGGCUCAACCUACGGGAGACCCCAGCCACCCUACGGCCCUUCUUGUUUGGGCCCCGAGGGGAAGGUGUGGAUCCACAGUUGUAUGUCACCAUCACCAUCUCCAUCAUCAUCGUCUUGGUUGCCACUGGGAUAAUUUUCAAGUUCUGCUGGGACCGUAAUCAGAAACGACGGCGUCACUCAGGGCAGCAGAGCAGUGGGAGGCAGCAGGAGAGCCAGCAGCCCCUCACAGACCUCUCCCCUACCACCGUCAGCAUCCUGGGGCCCUAUAGUGACUCCUUGGCCCCCACGCCUGAGGCAGAGGAAUCCAGGCAUGGCCAUGAGGGUGUGGAGAAACUGGGGGGUCACGGGAAGAGCACAGCCUUCCAGCUCAACCGAAUCCCACUGGUGAACCUGUGAUGCUCACAGGAGAAGCAGAGCUGGCUCUCCCUACCCUGCUCUUACAGUCGGCAAGCACAGACUCCCACUGCCUCUGCUACCCCAGGAAAAAAAUGACCUCCUUGUGCCACGGCCCACCACCACCAUUAUUAACUAUCUCCACCAGGAUGUGCCUGGGCAAAUGGACGAGGUGGGCCCCCUCCGCUUCCUGUUGAAGGAAUGUUGGGGACCCCUCCUGCCCCUGCAAGACAGGGUGAUGAGAGAGCAGAUGGUGGAGGGGAAGACAGCUGGUGGUGGUGUGAAAUCUUGACCCCCUCCAGCCCCUCUCCCAGCACACACGCAGACACACACACACACACACACACACACACACUUGGAUUUCCGCGACUCUCUCACCAAUGCAUGCCUGACAUCGGGGACAGGCGAGGUGAAAAGGCAUACCCCUGUCCCCAUGGGCCCUAACCCCUCUGUGUGUCCCUUUCCAUGUUGUGUAUUUUGAAGUGAACAUCUGGAGUUCAGUGGCUGCAGGAUUGCCCCCUGAGGCUCAGUCUACCCUGAGGCAGGAUGUAGAAGUCCUUCUGCUCCUGAGGCCUUGGUCCUCCCAGCGGUCCCAAAGUUGGGUGAAGCUUGGGCAGCAGAGGCUCACACAGCACCUGCCACUGCCUCAGCAAUCCAUUUUCUUGAAGGAAACAUUACCCACCCACCCCCAGAUGGAAGAUGCUUCUUUCAAUUUUUGUUCUGCUUAACACUCCGGCUUUUUUUUCUCUUCAGCUUGUAUCUUCCUUCACCUCUCCAUCUCCAGCUUUUUUCUCAUAUUUCCUCCUCCUGCCACUUCUCUUGCUAGUUAAAGCUGGAAAAGGUUCCUUCUGGUUUUCAAAUGUUUUGGUCUCUUAGAAAUCUCCUUGUUGUCCCUUUGCACCCCCCCAGUCUCCUUCAUCCAGGGUUUAGUGAAGAACAUCAGUCUACCAUGAUGUUCUUCAGAAAAUCUGAGGUGAAACCCUCUACCUAUCAUGUUAUUUAGCAAGCAUCCUAUACACUGGGACACUGCUGAAGUAGCUAAAGCAUGGCAUGUGUGGGGAACUUGAGUUUUGCUGGGCUGAGGUAGGACAUUGCUUUCAGACAGUCAUGCCACAGAUAACAAGCAGCACUCUCUGUGCCUGGGAUGACAAAGAGCCAUUUACAGUUGACCUCAGGAAGAUUUGGAGGCUUGCCAUGUGCUGCUGGUAGGCCUCUUCUGGAAUGCAAGGUGACUGGAGAUCCGUGAGACAAUGUUCACCAGGGGCACGAGAGGGAAUUUCUGGAGUGCCAACUGUUGCGAGUGUAUUGCCCCAGCUGGCUGGGAACCAAAAGCGAUGGCACAGGUACUGGUGCAAACUGGUUGCCUGAGAAUGUACUUGUAGCUGUGGUGGUCUGUAAGGCAGGCAGCCACAUAGCCAGUUACAUGUGUGAGCAAGAUCAGUGCAUCUCAACUUCUUCCUAUUUGUGGGCCCAUGGGUGUCACUCUGAGGAAGUGUGAAAUGGUCAAUUUCAGCUUAAUGGGCAUAGUUGCUCUCUGUUGGCUUUCAUGGAUACCUUCAGAGUAAUUCAUAGACCCCACAAUUGAGAGCCACUGAGCUAAAAUGGAGCAGACUUAGGUAAGGUUGACGCUAUACUGUACAAACACCUUCAGGUGCUGCAGCCGGAGGCAAGAAACUCACCUACAAUUUGAAGGUUCUAAUGUGCCAUACAAGGUCUCUGACAAAAGUCAUCUUGGAGAAAAGGAAGUGUCCCUUUCUUCCUUUGUCUCUGCCAUAAAAGCCUGUUCUCCAUAGGACAAAGCAUAGGGAGUGUCAUGUGAGGCCAGGUGCUGCCCAUUCACCCAGCUGAACUAUUAGGUGAUCUUGUGUCCCAUCUGACUCACCAUGAAGGACGUUUAAAUGAGAGUGUAAAUUGCAAUAAGCUUUGCAAAAAAACAGUAGAGAUUUGGAGAAAAUGACAGGUCAAAUAAAAUUACUGCCUUAUUAAAAGCACAGAAUGGCUGAAAGAUGUAGGUGGAAAAAGACUCUGGAGAUCUGUAGUCUAAGCACAGGCUGGGUUUCACUUUCAGCAGGGGAUAUUAUUGCUUUAGCAUAGAUCGGUGUAUUACUGAGGCAUUCCCUUAUCCAAGCUUCUUUCAGGGCUUUGGUGAACGUUCAAGCUGUGAAUGGAUGGGACACAGAAGGGGGCAGGUGGCUGUUCCUGCCUGCUGCCUCACUCCCUAUGGGCCCCGCCAUCUGAGGGCAGCUCAGGGCUGCUCCCACUCUCGCUGGCACUUCAACGCUGGGGAGGGUCAUCUGCAGGCAGUCUGCAAGAGUCUGCAUUGCUUAUUGCUGGCAGUUUACAGUAUAAUGCCUUGAACUGGUUUAAGUAAUCUUCCAGGCUAGAUUAAUUAGAUUGCUCUUUGAUCAAUAGUGCUUGUUGAAACGAGGCCAGAGUUUAUACUCUACCACUUCAAGGGCUGUCCUUGGACUUUCCCUUUCCACACACUGCAUGGAGAAAGGAGGUGUAGGGAAGACAUUUUCCAACAUUUGAUGAGGAGAAGCCCUGCUCUCUGCUGGCCAGGCUUUUGUAAACUCUGCAAACAAAUCCAACUUAAAUGUUUUGUUGGUUUGUUGGUUUUUGUUUUUUUUUCUUUUCCUCCCUUUAAUAUGUCUCUGUUUCUGUUAAAAGUGUCUCCAGGGAGUAACUGAUUUCACAGAUGCUGCGGUAAGGGGGAAGCUGGGGAAUGCAGUAGAGAAAACUUGUACAAUGACAGAAGCUUGGAACAUCUUUUCCAAGAAAAAUUUUUUUACCCACUGUGCCCACAGUCAUUCGCUCUCUCACACAAAACGGGAAACAACUUCAUUGUUCUGCCCAGCCUUUCAUUGCUACAUUUUGUUGCCGAAACAAAAUAUUCAAAACAGUUGUGGACAUACAGCCUUCUUCCAGUCAAUAAAUAGUCUUACUGGAUCUGUUUACUCCAUGUUUGGAGCCUUAUAAACCAUCUUCUCCUACACAAACUGAAGCCAGAGCAUGCCUGCAGUCUCCUCCCUGGCCUAAGUUGGUAUUUACUCAGAUGGGUCAACGGCACCCAGAAGUCAGCACCUUCUCCAUUACAGUCAGUCAGGCUUCCCAGUCUUCUAGGUGACUGGAGGAGAAAGAUCUGGAUUAAUUUCUUCCAGUGGAAAUAUUACAGGAGGCAAUGUGUGCUGGGAUAAUGACUGAAAAUAUUCAUAACCUUGGGUUGAGCUUACCCAAUGUUUCCAUAGAAUUAAAAGUGAACAUCCAGGCGGGCUGGGUGAAUUGAAGGACAUGUGUCUCUGCUGAGCUCCUGGAAGGUCCUGGCUUUGUUAAUGCAUGGGUGGUCCCUCUGAGCAUGGUGGGGAGGAGGGAGGGUCUGAGAGAGUCUAGGAGAGAAUCUCUUCCCUCCACCUUGUAUUGUUUAAGAGCAGGAACUGGAGUCUCCCACUGUUUACUCAGCAGCGUGGUGUAGCAUGACCUCAAGGGCAAAUCCUGCUUGGGCUUUCCCAUCUGGCUUAUUGUGACUGAUGGGCAGGGGAGCAGAUCUCCAGUGUACGCUUCCACAGCACUCCUCUGGUCUGGUUUACAGGGACUCACAUCCAGCCAAGCAUCCUACAGCUUCAGAGAGGGCUAUCUACCUCUUCCUGAAUGGCACCUAAGUGCCCUUGCAAAUCUGGUCCCUGCAUUCUCCACUCCCUUUCCCAAUAAGAAAAAAUGCUGGGAAAGGAGCAGGUUGUUCUUCUCCCUCAAGUUCUCAAACACGAUCACUUCAGACUGUUUUAAAUUAAACUGUAUUUCUGGAUUCUCACUCUGACAAACCAAGGCACAGCCUUUGAGCCAAAUUCUACAGUACAAAAGCCCUGGGCCAAACUCCAGCUCCCCAGUUGCAUCCGUUCUGAUAUCUCACUAUAGCCCUGGACCUACCUUGGCAAGACCACAGAGGGGGGGCCUCCUUCCUUCACCAACUGCCAGCUCUCUACUCCUUUUUCCUGUUGUUUCCCCUUUCCCACUGUUUUCCCACUCCCCACUCCUGUUCUGUAUCAUGGUCUCCCUCCUGGUUAUUCCUCCUCUCCCGCUGUUUUGCUCUCCCCACUCCUCUCUUGUUCUCCCUUUGCCAUUUGGUCUCGUUCUGCUGCAGCUCCCAUCUUUCCCUUCUGUCUUCCCUCCUGCUUCUCUGCUCAGUCUCGCUCUUCCCUUUCCCUCCCCUUGUGUGCUGUGAUAUAUAUUUUUGUAGGAUUUCUCUUCUCGUGGUGAAAUAUUCAAUUCUUGUGGGAUGUUAGUUUCAACAUUUUUAAAUAAACCUUUGCAAAAUACU